AUGAAUGUUCAAGGAUUGACAAAAGACUACCAAGUUGUAGGAUUCAUAUCCUCCGGAACCUACGGAAAAGUAUACAAAGUUAUUUCAACAAACCAAAAUGAAAAGCGCUUUUUUGCUAUUAAAAAAUUUAAAGCCGAAGCAAGAAAUGCGGCUCCAAAUGCCCAACAAACAGGCAUCUCUCAAAGCACUAUACGAGAAAUGAUGCUUUGUAGAGAAAUGCAACAUGAAAAUAUUGUAAAGUUGAUUCAAGUUUUACUAAAGGACGGAACCAUUAGUAUGGUUUUUGAGUACGCUGAGCAUGAUCUGUUACAACUUAUUCACUAUCAUGGCCGAAUGCGCACGAGAAAAAUACCCCCAUCUAUUAUCAAAAGCAUCAUGUGGCAGCUUCUCAACGGCCUUUCCUACCUUCAUGAAAACUGGGUCAUACAUCGCGACUUAAAGCCUGCCAAUAUCAUGAUAACAGCUGCAGGAAAAGUUAAAAUUGGUGAUCUUGGCCUUGGUAGACUAAUACGUGACCCUUUACUUCCACUUUACUCUAGUGAUCGUGUUGUCGUUACUAUAUGGUAUCGUGCACCUGAAUUAUUACUAGGAGCUAGAGAUUACACCCCUGCUAUAGACAUAUGGGCCAUUGGCUGUAUCUAUGGAGAGAUCCUUGCUUUGACUCCUUUGUUCAAAGGUGAAGUAAAAGUGGAAUCCAAAAAAGUGGUUCCUUUUCAACGUACACAAAUGCUACGGAUAAUGGAAAUAUUAGGCACGCCUACUGUAGAAAGGUGGCCAGACCUUAAAUACUACCCUGAUUACGAUCAACUGUCUACCUUUGAAGUAAAGUAUUGGAAUAACUUGCUUCCCCAGUGGUACCGCACAGAUAAAACCAGAGAUCCCAAAGGUCUCGAUUUGUUUAUGAAGUUGCUUGUAUACGAUCCUAAAAAACGGAUAACUGCUAAAGAGGCAAUUCAGCAUCCAUAUUUUACAGAAGACUCUGACUGGAGCACUACCCCUUUCCUUGAUCAGGGCAUCCAAUAUCCAGAAAGAAGAAUCUUACAAGACGAUUCGGAUCUUCCACCAGUGAAACGGACGCUCAAUACAAACGUGCUCCGAGAAACGAAGCGUUUCAAAGGAAACUAA